UCUGUUUGCACAAGAUCGAAGUGGUUCAGAGCAAACGUGAUGAACUAAGUUUCAUAUGCGCAAAACCGCAAGGCUUCAGAGGCGCAGCGACUGUGAAGAGCGCGCUCCAGAACUGCAGAUUUCCUGAGAGAACGUUUAUGAAACAAAUUACAGCUAGAGACAGUGAUUAUUUGGGGGCGACCAAUUUAAGCGACUAUUAUCGCUAUUCGUGAAGAAGACUCGUGAAUAAUAUUUAACUAAAGUGCGCAAUAGAAACAGAGUGUCCCCCUGUUGCGCGAGGAUGAACGUGGGCACUGCACACAGUGAGGUGAAUCCAAACACCCGCGUGAUGAACAGCAGGGGCAUAUGGCUCUCUUAUGUGCUUGGCAUCGGACUCCUACACAUCACAUUGCUCAGCAUACCCUUCGUCAGCGUGCCUGUAGUUUGGACUCUCACCAACCUCAUCCACAACAUAUGCAUGUAUAUCUUACUACACACUGUAAAAGGGACGCCAUUUGAGACCCCGGAUCAAGGCAAGGCCCGGCUACUGACCCACUGGGAGCAGAUGGACUACGGGGUCCAAUUCACCGCCUCCCGAAAGUUUCUUACCAUCACCCCUAUUAUACUGUAUUUCCUGACCAGUUUCUAUACAAAGUAUGACACGGUGCACUUCGUCAUCAACACCAUUUCCCUACUCACUGUGCUUAUCCCCAAACUGCCUCAGUUCCACGGGGUCCGUCUCUUUGGAAUUAAUAAGUACUGACAAGGCCACAGGACCACGAGGGCUCCCUUAACCCGCUUUACGUCCUGUUGGCCAUGUGUCAACCCACUUUUAUCUUCUGCAGAAGAGGAUCUGUUGUGUACAUGCUGUUGACAGAAGCGGGAGGUUUAGGGCUUCGUUGGAAGCUCUGUUGCUUUGCGGACGGAAAGGCUGAAUAAUCUGCUGUGGUGCCACUUGAAAUCAAGUUUUUUUUGUGUAACACUUGGUAGAUAUACAGACACUUGUAGAAUCACCAGCAGAAUGCAGCAGAUGCUUCAUAGAGUGUCUCUGGAGAUGUUAGGAUCCCUGUUCGACUGUGUUGAAACAGACAGAGACAUUGCAAAAGCAGUGUUGCUUAUCAGCAAUAAAUUUGAAGUGUUAGCCUUCAGUCAAUGAAUCAGAUGGGUCAAAAUUGUCCAGGUCACAGUAUGAGGCUGUGCAGGACUGGUUCAUCGUUUCUUCAUAUUAACAUUUGGGGGCCUGAGUAAGUGCUUCCUGGGCUACAUCGGUGAGGUUUUUAGAGAGAGAAGAAAGGUGCAGUGACUCUGAAUAGGGUGGAAGAGGUAAAACUAGUUGCUGUUUCACUUUGUACUCAUUUUGUCAAAAUUACGUUAUGACUGAAAUUGGGUCUUUUCAUUGACUAUGAUCUGUCCCGUGACAGACUAGUUUGGCUCAACUAUGCUCAGAUUCAGAGAAAACGAAGUGUACAAACUGCAUUAACUACAAAAUUCACAUUUAAUCCAAGAAACUUUUUAUUUUUUUCAGUUUCAUUGUUGGCAUAGGUGCUAGCAUUAUGCAUUUUUAGGGCAGACCUGUUGAAAUGUUUUUAGAUUUAAAACAAAACUAGAAAAAAAAAAAAAUGCUUAUGUGAUUAAAAACAUAUUUUAAAAAUGUAUAUGUUGGUAGCAGUGCUAUAGUAUAUGUAGGAUGUUACAUAGCUAGUGUUUAACCAGAGCCUUUAGUGUAUAAUCUGCAUGACUAAAACAUCUAAGAUUUGCUUUAGUUGAUUUUAAAGGGAACACAACAGCUGUUAAAGAGAAAAGCUGCAGUUUAACAGUGUGUGUGAACUGUGGUCUGCAUGUCCAAGUGAGUGUUCACAGCCUUGAUGUUCUUGCAGUGUGCCCAGGUACAGUAUAAUUCUGUUAAUGAUGAGAUCUUUAAGUGCUAUUCGUCCUGUUCAAGCAGUUCAUUGCUAUGUGCUGAUGCCCUGUCUAAAUAUAAAAAUUAGGCAUUUGAAGUGGAAAGACAGACCUUGUGAUUGUAAUGUGCAUUUUGCAGGACAGUACUAUAAUGAACAUCAUUUCUAAUUAUUAAUAAUUGUCUUAUUGUUGGUAACAGAAAUUGUAUUGAAAUUAUGUUUUGGUAGUAUUCCGAUAUUGGCUAUGACAAUUGGCUAUUUUGAUGUGGUUUAGCUACAUCAACAUAAAAAAAAUCUACGAUUUAGAGAAUAAAGUCAUAGCAUUACGAGACUAAAGUUGUAAUGUUUUGAAAAUAAAGUCAAAAUUACAAGAAUAAAGUUGUAGCAUUAUGAGAUUAAUUUUGUAAUAUUUUGAGAAUGAAGUCAAAAUUACAAGAACAAAGUUGUUUCAUUAUGAAUUUAAAGUCGAAAUAUUUGAGAAUAAGUUCUCGCGAAGAAUGUAACAUCAAAUGUGAUAUGGUGGACAACAGCAAAGUGGAGCAUCUGGGUCAGUGGUGACAGUAAACACCACUACUCAGGGAGAUAACAUUGGCUGUGCAACUUUGUUAUGUUGGCUGAGCUGAAUUUAAUCUGGGAAGUUUUGUGAGCUCUCUGUUCAUGAAUGAGGCGUGCAUUAGUACAGGCGUUUUCAACCUGUGGGCGUCUGUCAAGGGAGGUGCGAGAUGCUAGGCUUACAUUCAAGUGAAGCGAAAAAUAACUGGAACUGCGAAUCAUUGAGGACCAUUUCAAGACAUUGUGUGUUAACAUCCCUCCUCAGUUAUACUAUUUGUUUUGAGAGCAAAAAUAAACAUAAAAGCAAACCAAACAUCACCCAAGCAGAGCGGGACUGUGUUAAUGUCUUUCUGGUUCUUUCUCCUGAAUAAAUUCAGUUUCCUACAGAACCGCUGUAGUGUCCAGAUACUAAUAAUAACUGUGCUGAUGCGCCAAAAGACCAAGGAUUCUUUACUGAUAAAUCCUAUGCUAAAGUAUGAUUUAAGUAGAUCCUCCACAUCCAUUUCCUGCAUUAAUGAAGCUGCUGGCUUAAUAUCUGUUCUGUUGUGAAAGUGAUGCAAAAUAUUUCUACUUUUCAUGCAAAAUACAACUUUAUUUUCGUAAUUUUGACUUUGUUCUCAAAAUAUUAUGACUUAAGUCUCAUAAUGCAAUGACUUAAUUUUUGAAACUAUAUGACUUUAUUCUCGUAAAAGGCAUGUUAUGAGAUUCUUAAAACAUUUUUACUUGAUUUUGUAACACCAUGACUUUAUUCUCAAAAUCUUUAGAUUUUUUUUUUAAUUUUAUUUUAACGUGGCUGUAGUACACCAUCAUAAUUAUGAGGUGUGACUAACUCCGUAGUCGUAAUAGACACACCUCAUAAUACUUACUGUGCAAGAUUCUAAAAAUGUUGUUUGAAAGCAGCGUUCGUUGCCUUUAUAGUUUUACGUACCAUAUCCUUGUGUUCUUUAGAGCCGUUUUAUGUUAUGUAUACAGUGCACAUUCUAAUUGUGAUGUUUGUUUAUCGCUGCCUCUAUUUGAUGAUACGGAUUACAGUCAGAAAAAAAAGGGUAACCAGUAUUCUGCAUAUGUAGCAACACCUUAUCUAGCAAAUCAAGUGAAGUUGAAUCCCAUAUUUGUUCUUAUCUUCAGUAAAAAACUAUUUAUCCACUAGUUUUAUCUUGUUUAUAUGUCAUAUUCAAUGUUUCUGUUUAUUUCUUUUCAAUAUGUAUUUGACAUGAAAUGUUCAGUAUAACAAUAAUCAAAAUGGUAUUGUUCAUCCUUUCAGAUAUUCAAUAUUCAGUUUCAGUAUUACUGUAUUGUUGAUAGCCCAGUCAUUUAUUUAGAAUUAAAAGUUUGAAGUUCAUCAGCAGGGUUUUUGCACUCAUUUUUUUGGCCACAGUAGGACUAUCCCUAGAAUUUAACCUUCUUGUAUACUGUAGCCUAUUCGUGCAUGUGAACAGGAAUUUCAUCAUUGUGUAUGUCAUGGGUAUAAUACUGCUGCCAAUGAGUCUGAGAUCUGCUCUUCAUGUAUGUUUAGUUUUUCAUAUGUUUUUCAUAUCAUGUAUUGUGGUGAGGCAGGAUAGUGAUUUACAUUCAAAGUUAUGUAUUUGCCAGAUGCUUUUAUCCAAAGUAACUACUGUGAUUUCAAAGUAUAUAUUCUAUCAAUCCAUGCAUUCCCUGGGAUUCGAACCUUCAACCUUGGUGUGGGUAGCACCAGUUGAGCUACAGGAACACUGAUGUUGCAAUUCAUGUUGAUGGCAAAGCCUUUCUUUUAUAGCCAAGAUGUUAAAAGGUCUUGUAGCAUUUGCUGGUCCAGCAGAGCUUUUUGGACAAACUAUCAGUUACAUUACUAUUCUAACAUCUUUACCCUGAUGGUUUCCUCCUCUUUACAUUUACACAGUGAUUGUGAUUGACAGCAUCAUUUAGGUGACUCCAACAGCAAUUCAUUCUGUGCAUAAUGUCAUGCUGUGCAAUAAGCUUAAAUACCAAGGAUAAUCAAAUCCUGCAACUGAUGAGGCGUACUCAUCAGUUAAUGUGAAACAACACAGCUGAAGAACAAAUGAACGCUACAUGACUUGGAUGAAUGAAAACCUUCACGGACAUUUAAAGGGAUAGUUCAUCUCAAACUGAAAGAUUCUGCCAUUAUUUUCUCUCUACUACAUGACUUGCAGUACUUUGAGAUGAUAGAAUGUUGUGGGUGAACUAUCCCUUUAAGGUGAUUUCUUGUAGUUGCACAAAUGAGGCAGUUUACUUGGAUGACAGCAACACUGUACAGAAAAAAAAAAAAAAGACCGUACAGCUGGGUCAAAGCCUGAUCUGUAAGGCCAGCACACCUGUAUUGCAGCUUGUGCAGCGUGAGCCAGGACCAUGCUCUGUUACCCACAGUCAGCAACUUUUUAAAUAUUGACUGGGUUAGAGUUGGUUAGAAUCAGCGAGAGUGAGGGCUCAUGUGUCAGUCUCAGUUCUCCAUGACUAGUUACAGCCUGUGUAAUCUGUCUAUUGGCCCUUCAACACAUUUCCGCACACCUCCUCUCAGUGAGCGGAUAGACUGAUGGUUCCUGGUUUGUCUUUUUGAAUAUUGUGUGCCAUAAAAUUGUCUAUUGUAUUACAAUAACAUUGGUCUGUAUCUUAAGCAGAUAAACUAAUAGAGUGAUAAGUGCCUCCAAAAAUGUAUUUGGACACUAAAGCCACUUAAAAAUGUGUCAAUGCCAAAAUAUGAAAACAAGUGACAUUUCUUUUACAGAUAGCACAGGCACAAAACAUUUGUUUGGUUUCAAAUUAUUAAAUUGAAAGAAGAAAAGAUUUUGCAUUAUAUUUAUUUGUAGAUACCUUGAUACCUUGUAAUCUGAUGUAAUUAAAUGAAUAACAUUUAAGUGAGGUUAAGUGUCGAAAUAAUUUUUUGAGCCUCCGUAUAUUUGCAAGAAGAGCUAAUGACCACAAGACUAAAACAAGUAGGAGAAGUGAUCCAAUGAAGCCCACGUACCAUAUAAGCCCACUUACAGAUUUAUUUUGAAAUAUAAAAAAAGACAAAGCAAGAGAAACAAUUUUUUGUUGUUGAGGAAAUGCAUACAUUUGUUGGUAUCAUUUUACUUUUUAUUUGGUGUCAAAUGUUUUGUUUUUGAGUUCUUUGGGAACAUGUGCUACCACUGUUCAGUGGCCAUUUUGGAAGUUGCUCCAAAACUUCACAGUUUUUAAUGACCUCAGAUUUUUUUAUUUUUUUUAUUUAGAGAUUCAUAAAUCAAAUGAUACUUGAUAUUAUUUAUUUUCUUUGUAUUUAACAGCAAUAAUUGAAAAGAUGUAUUUCAUGAGUAUUUGGAGCUAGUGCAGGACACUGCCUGAGUGAUGCUCACAAACAUACAGGUGCAUCUCAAUAAAU